AUGGCAAUCCGCUUCCACUUGUUAGGGGAAGCGAGUGAAAGAAUUACACUUUCAGACACCAGGAUCGUGCUUACAGACUUUGGUAAGGCCAUUUCUCACUCAAAAGAACAAAAGUAUAAAUCUUGCAUCCCCAGUAUCAUCCGCCCCCCUGAGGCGCGAUUUGAACCAAAUAAGCCACUGUCUUUCUCAACAUACAUUUGGACUCUCGCCUGUACCAUAUGGUCUAUCAUCAUUCAACGGCCAUUGUUUGAAGGAUUUCUCGCAACAGAGGACGACAUGACAUGUGAGCAUGUCGAUACUCUUGGUGUUCUGCCACUUGAAUAG